CUUAAGAACAAAAAUAAACAUUCUGUAAAAUUCCAAGGACUAAUGGCGAAGUUUCACACUUAGCAUAUAAGAACCAAAAUCGAGAGACAUACAAAGAAGCAAAAGCUAUGAGCUUCUUUUUCUAUUACGAAUCCUCAUUCUAUUCCACCCAAAAUGACCAAAAUGCCCCUCACAAUCCCAACAAUACCAUCAUCUCAAUUCCCAUCGAAACCCCCAACGAAACCCUAACCCCAAUUCCGAUCCCCGUCGUCUCCCCCGCCGCCAUCGCCGCCGCUUCCAAGAUCCAAUCCUCCUACCGCUCCCACCUCCUCCGAUCCCUCACCCACAAGAUCCUCGCCAUCGACGCUGACGCCACCCGCCUCGAAGCCUUGAUCCGCCGCCAGGACACCGUCGACGCCGUACGCCGUGACCCUCGCGAACGCGCUAAGCUCGCCGAGGCUCUAAUGGCGUUGCUCCUCCGUCUUGACUCCAUCCCCGGCUUUUACCCUUCCGUGCGUGACCUCCGCCGUGCCACCACCCGCCGCGUCGUCGCGCUUCAGGAAGUCUUCGACGCUGUCGUUUCCGCCCCCGCCGCCGUCGGAUCUGAUGGGUUUCCACCGAGCUGGGAUGAGCUCGUCGCCGAGAUCUCGAGAGACGACGACGACGAGGAGGAGGAGAUCAUGGUUCCGGCGAAAAAGGGAUUGGAGUGUUUCGAGAGGUUUCUAGCUGAGGUUUGAGUGUUGAGUAAUUUGUGAGUUUUUCAGGGUGUUUUCUGUGAAAAGUUUGUUACACUUUGUAAUACUAAUUAUUAUUAGGGUUGGAACUACAAACAUGUAUAUAAAUAAUUAAAUAUCAGUCUGGCAUGCUUUAAGG